UGGCUGCUGGGACGUCCUCUCUCCUCUCCGCUGCUUUCUGUCAGGACUCUCCAGAAAUGUCAGCCGUCAGCGCAGACCAGCAGGUCCGGCCCGGAGCGGAGCCGGGGCCGCGGGGGGACGGGGCCCUGCAACCGCAGACCGUGUUCGUCAUCCUGGACUCGGCGGAAACCCUCAACCUGGUCCGGGUGGAGUCUGGGAUUGUUGCUGACAUCGAAGUCGACAAUUUGCUUCCUUCUGACUGCGACACCUACUACCAGAUCAAGAGUCAGCCAAUCGGCAUCAGCUCUGCAGCACCAGCCUCCUCCCCGGCCUCCUCUUCACCCUCGCUGGCAUCAGUCAUGUCGUCCAGGGUUCUGAUGCGACAGGAUCUGAUGCGACAGCAGGCUCUGCAGGAGGAGCAGAAGGAGGCGCAGCAGCAGCAGCGCUCCAUCUCUGACUCCUCCUCUCCCAUCUCUGUGUCUGUGUCCUCCUGCUCACCCGCUCAGGUUCCUGUGGAAGUUCUGAAGGUGCAAACUCACCUGGAGAACCCCACCAGGUAUCACAUCCAGCAGGCUCAGAGGCAGCAGGUGCGUCAGUACCUGUCCACCACAAAGACGUCCAAUCAGAUGCCGAAUGUGCAGUCAAGCCCGUCCCCUGAGCCGCGCUCUGCUCGGGAACAGCCAAUGGACAGCAGCCCCAAACAGGAGAUGGACGAGGCCGUCAUCGAUGACAUCAUCAGCCUGGAGUCAAGUCUGAAUGACGAGUUUCUGACGCAACUGCAACUCGCCAACACGCUGCCGGUGUCGGGGAAGGUGCUGGACUUGUACGGAGGCAGCGGAGCGAUGACCACCAUUGCCGUUAGCAACAGCUGCCCGGCCGACCUGCAUCCUGUCAAGCAGGAAGUUGGUGAAGUGGAGACCAAAGCUCUGAUGAAAGAGAGACAGAAGAAGGACAACCACAACCUCAUUGAGAGGAGGCGGCGCUUCAACAUCAAUGACCGGAUCAAAGAACUUGGAGCUCUCAUCCCCAAAUCCCCUGACCCGGAAUCAAGGUGGAACAAAGGAACAAUCUUGAAAGCGUCGGUGGAUUACAUCCGGAGACUGCAGAAGGACCAGCAGCGAGCGCGAGACAUGGAGGAGAGACAGAGGAUGCUGGAGAGCACCAACCGGAACUUGCUGCUGCGCAUACAGGAGUUGGAGAUCCAGGCCCGCCUCAACGGCCUGUCCUCCUCCUCACUCCCCCCAUCUGGAGGGUCCCAGACUCUGCUGUCCCCCCCGCUGCCCCAGCCCUCCCCCUCCCCAUCCUCUAUGCUCACCCCCUCCCUGGGUCUGGAUGCCCUGAGCUUUGUGGAGCUGGAUGAGCCGCAGAGCGCCCCCUCCGUCUUUUCCCCAGACCUGAUGUCUGAUGUGGAGCUGACGGAGUUGGGGGGGCUGCUGAUGGAGGAGGGCGGGCUGGGUCCGGGGUCCAACCCCCUGUUAUACCGCGGAGCCUCAAAGACCAGCAGCCGGAGGAGCAGCUUCAGCAUGGACGAAGACGUCUGAUGGCACCACAGGCUGGGAUCUGAUUGGUCAGACCAGGAGGAUCCUAAUCCCCCAGACUGGGGGGGCGGUCAUCUUUUAUUUUAACAGAACAGUUUUGGAUCCGUGAUAUAAACAUAGUACAAAGGUAAAGCGGUGUAACCACUACUACUGCUUUCUUUUAGAGGACCAAUUUGCUUCCUGUUAGAGUCCGGGGUCACCAUGGUAACCAGUCUCUUUGACUGUGAUCUGUCUAUUGGAGGCAUAUUAAGUCUAAUGUGUUCAAAGGUGUUACCAUGGAAACUGGUUCAUUCUUCUAAACUAGUAGAAAUCAUCUGAUCGCAGCGGGCCUUUGUAUCAGAUAAAUGACAGGCGAUAACACAAUGCUAAGAGGGAAAGACAUCAGUGAUGUAACCAUUGUUGCACAUCCAUCUGGAGGUUAUGAAACCGUUUCCACAUCAGUUUUCUGUGGUCCAUCUGAAAACAUAGUAUUGAGUUCAUACAUUUUUUACUUCUUCCUUUUCGAACAUGUGAAGAUUGCUGCUACUACCAAAAACAUAUUGUGUCUCUUGCAUUCAUUGUUUAAGUACGUUCAAGCAUGUCCUUUCCUUUGCACGGCUGUCAUGUUGGAAAUUAAGACUGUUGAAUUGAAUUGAAUUGAAUUGAAUUGAAUUGAGAAGGAUUCAGGACGCUGGAGCCGUGUAGCUGUCCCAGGUCUGAACCAGCACAACAAACUACAAGAACAAUGGACAACAACGAUGGCUAUGAAAUACUUAAAAUGAAUAACUGAGACAGGAAAGAGGAGGGGUGAUGGGCACUGCUUAGUGGAUCAUGUUGGAGUCCCCCUGCAACAGACUACUUUAGUCUUGUCCUGUAGCUGCAGCUAUGACUACUGGCCCUAACACACUAGCGUUUACACUAACUAGAGGCUUUACUAAACAGAAACGUUUUGAGUUUGUAAAUCAGGUUAUAUUUGUGUAUCUUGUCCUACGCACGUGUGAAUUGUCCUGUGACUAUUGAGACUGUUCUAGCUCCAUACAUGAGCUAAAACAGCAGUUAUUUAAAAAACACUGGGAUGUUCACUACUGAGGAGACUGACAACAUUCUUGAAAGUGAAAUGGUUUUAUAAUUCUUUUCAAGUUGAUAUGCAGCAAGAACUGCUUCUGUACGACCAUUGUUGGGGUCUUUCCCUUUUGGCAUUGUUUUUCUAAAUUGUGACAUACUAUCCCAUCAGAUGAUUUUUAGUUAUGUUUUUACACCAAAACCCAGUAUUUAUAGGGCUGCUAACUUAAACUUUUAUGAUAACCUUAUGGUUUUUUAUUGGGGUGACCAACCUGCAGGUUGGGAUAGGAACCUGGGACCACAGGAAGGAGGAGUUUGACGCUGUGCAGCUCCAAUUGAUGACUGAGACUGCUGUUUUCAGAAGCAUCCUUAUGUUAGUGUUUCCAUGGUAACAUUGAACCUUUGUCAGGCACUUUGCAUUCCCUUGUUACCAUGGUGGCCGCUGGGAUUUGUUCAGCAUUGUCAGCAUUGAAACACCAGAAGCUGAUUUGGCGUCGCUGCAGUUUUUUUCAUACCUCCUGACAUGGUUUGAGCGGUCCAGCUGGUCCGAGCACCUGAGCAGGUGUGCGUUCACCUGAGCCAUCGUGUAAAUAUAAAUCUGUACAGGAACAAAUCUAGAAUCAGAACGUGCUGGAAAUAAACGCAGGGUUUUUUUAUUGGGAAAAAGAGAUUAUGCUGAACAACCAAUGCUUUUCUUCAGGUUUUAGUUUUUAUUUGUGUCGUACUGUCGGCUGAACCGCUCAACGUCACAAAUCUGACUCGCCACACACAUAAAUGUCUGGGUGGUCAUUAUGGAAACUGGUUUAAGACAGGACAGGCAGGUGAUUAGACUUCUUUCUUGAAUGUGAAGUCAUACGUUGGUAAAAGGGAUUGUAAAUAUUCCUGUAUGGACGGUUGUCCUCUACCAGAGGUCUGGGGGCUUGAGAGUUCUGUGCAGUAUUAUUGCUGUUUCUACAACGGUGAUCUUCUGGACUGAGAUCUCUGAUGUUGUUCGGAUCUGCUGGAGACACUUGGACGAUACGGCUCCAUAUCCUCCAACUACCACUGGGGGCACUGUUUCUUUCUGCUUCCACAUCCAUUCUCCAUCUUCCUUCAACCCCUGAUAGUUCUUCAGUUUCUCAUGUACCUUCUUGUUCCUUUAGGCCAUCAUGUUUAAACCCUCAGGUGUAACAAGAACGUUCAGGUUACUGCACCACCCGCUGUCAUGGAUUUUAAAAGUCUUGAACAAUCCGAAGAGUCAGAGAUAUUCAGAGGGGAAAAAAACAUAUAUUCCGCUUGAUAAAGUCUAUCUGGCUGGAUAAAAACUCCUUAUUUAUAGCUUAAAGUUGGGAGGACUGGUGCUGCCAGACUCUUAAAAGCUGCUACUUCAGCAUGAGCGUGAAGCCUUGUUAAAUGUUUUCUAACAUCAGAUGUUUCAAAGCUUCUACCAUUUAGCUCUCAGGAGGAAGCUUGCUCUGAGUGUGAGGGUCUGGGUCUGGAGAAGUGGAGCGCUGAUGGGCAAAACUGACCCCAACCUCCCCUUAGCUAACCCCAAACUCCCCUAAACUAACCCCAAAAUCCCCUAAACUAACCCCAAACUUCCCUAAACUAACACUCUGGAGAUGGAGCUCAUGUGUUCCUGGUGUGUAGCGGAGCUCCGUGUUCUCCCCACUCUGCAGCCAGAUCCUGGUCCGGGUUCUGCUGGUCUGAGGUCAGCUGGUCAGCUUCAGAACCACAAGCAGAACAGGAAGGCUGGUUAUUAUAGCAAUGGUAUCCACAUGAAUACUGGUUGUCAGGAAUCGGGAACAUUUUCUUCCAAAAGGGAAUUCUGUUUUCAUUGAAGUUUCAUUGUCCUUUUGUGAUCUCAGUUAACUUCUUGUUUGUUUUUGUCAACUUUCAUGUUGUUCAUUAAAACUUUUAUGGAACAUUAAA